UGCUGUGACGCAAUGACGCAGACAGCAAAGAAGCGUGCAGCGCAUAGCAACGGUAAACUGAAAGUCUGUUUAAGGUCGUUUUAUGUUUCUUAUCAUAAAUGACGGAGUUGCAUCAGGCUGCAGCCGUCGGGGAUUAUGAUCUGGUGGAGGAAAUUGUCAAAAAGAAAUCGUGUGAAAUCAAUCAUAGAGACAUAGACUGGAAUAACAGGACAGCGCUUCAUUGGGCUGCAUCCAAAGGCCAAACAGAAGUGGUAAGGAUACUGAUGGAGAAUGGAGCAAGGGCAUGUUUGAGGACGGACAAUGGGUGGACGCCUGCACACUUCGCUGCUGAGUCUGGAAGACUAUCAGUACUGCGACUGCUACAUUCUCUUCAUGCCCCCAUAGACAAAGGGGAUUCAUCUGGGGACAAACCCAUCAGGAUUGCUGAAAUUUAUGGACAUGAAGAUUGUGUUCGUUUUCUUGAAAAGGCAGAGGUUGAGAGCAGAAACUAUCGACGGAUGGCAAGGUUAAAGAGGAUGUCUUUGGAUGACACUGAUGAGGAAUGGCAACAGGAAAGAGAAAGUAAAAAUGCUGAUAAGUAAUUGAGACUGUUUUAUUAUUCUGAAAA